UCUGCUGGCGGGAGCGUUCAGGUAAAACAGAAGACAAUUUCAGAGGAUGAAACAAGAUACAACCAGACAUUCCACAUACACAGUGGACUGUGAAGACUAUGUGCAUGUGGUGGAGUUUAAUCCCUUUGACUCUGGAAGCCCAGGAUCAUUGAUUGCCUAUGGUGGAAACGAUUAUGUAGCUAUUGCUUCUUGUAGGUUUCAGGAAGAAGAUACCUCUGUAAAUGGUAUAGAGUUUAAGAUACUCAAAACGUUUCACCAUGAAGUAAGAGUGGAUGCUAUAACCUGGAGUCCAGAAACUAGAUGUGAUGCGUUAACUCCUAUUUUAAGAUUUUGUACAGCUGCUGGAGAUAAAACAUUACGAGUAUUCACAUCUGACUUUCAUGAAGAGAAUAAGUGCAAGGUCAUAGAUGGUCAUUCUGGCUACAUCAAUGAUGUGGUGUUCUGUUCUUGUGAAGGAAAUGAUAUUGCAAGUGUCAGUGAUGACCACACAUGCAGAAUUUGGGAUUUAGGAGGAAAUCAGAUAGCCAAGUUUAUGCUGCGAUCUCCUGGGAUGAGUGUGGCUUGGCAUCCAGAAGAAGCAUUCAAGCUAAUGACAGCAGAAAAGACCGGCACCAUACGUUUUUAUGACUUGACUACACAUCAGGCCAUUCUUUCCCUUGAGUCUAUGCAAGUGCCUCUGAUGUCUGCAGACUGGUGCUUGAAGAACACCUUCAGAGUUGGAGCAGUUGCAGGAAAUGACUGGGUCAUUUGGGAGAUGCCACGCUCAAGCUAUCCUCAGGAUAAUAAGCCUUCACAUGCUGACAGAGCAAGAUUGUUCAGGUGGUCUAAAUGUAAUGAGAACUUGUUUGCAACCACGGGAUGUCCAGGGAAGAUGAACAGCCAACUUCUUAUUCAUCAUUUAGGACACCCUCAUCCCAUCCUCAUUGGAUCUGCCUCUGUGGGAUCUGGACUCAGCUGGCACAGGACUCUGCCACUCUGUGUAGUUGGUGGUUACCGAAAGCUGUUUUUUUGGCUCACUGAAAUGUAAACUUUCAAAAUGUAUUAAAAAAAUUAUAAAGUUUGUAAUAAAGAUUUGUAUAUAAAUUGGACAGAUAUAC